AUGGUGCAAGCUUCAUCAUCGGGCAAGAAUCUAUGGGUAGCAGCGAGUGAUGGUGAUCUCGAGAGGGUUCAGUACCUGAUCGAGAAUGAAGGGUUCACUCCAAACGAUAAAGAUUCCAACUCCUAUACACCUAUGCACGCAGCAGCCUCUUACGCUCAUCUGGAGCUCUUAAACUACCUUCUCUCCAAAGGAGGUAACAUUAAUAUUCCCGAUGACGACGGAGAAACACCCUUGUUCGUCGUCGAGACGCUCGAGGCCGCCAGGUUUUUGGUUGAGAAUGGUGCGGAAGUGGGAUGGAAGAAUGAAGAUGGUUUGACGGCAAUAGAUCAAUUACAAGAGGAUCAUCCCGAAAUCGCUUCCUACCUCCUGACCCAACUUCCAGCAGACCAACAACCCGCAGUCGCAGCCGUAGGCGGAGAUCAAGAGGUGAUAGGAGAAUCGGGUAUAUCCCAAUUAGCUUUAGAAAACUUCACGUCCGAGCAAUCUGAUCAGCUAAUGCAAGAGGCUCAGAGGAUUAUGGAGCAGUGCGCAGAGACGGGUGAAGAUCCAGAUGAGAAAUUGAGGGAGUUGGUAGAAGGUAUCGUGAAGAGUGGGUUGGAUUUCGCUAAGAAUGCGAAGAGUCAGGUAGAAGGUGGUGAUGGGGAAGUCGAUGGAGAGGGAAGUAAAAGAGUGAGGGAGGAGUAG